CUCGCGAGAGAGAGCUGGGGGGAACGAGCCUCCUGAAGUUAGCCGCACUGAUAUUUACCUACCGGGCGGAUAACAGCGGAUGCAGUGACGCCGGUGACAGGUGACCAGAUUUGUUCGAGUAUCUUGCGACGUUUGCUCCGAAUUUACGUCGCGGCCGGAUUCCAUCAGACUGCAUUUCGGUUCGCGUGCUCUGGCGUAUUUACGUUUUACAUCGUUUGAAGAAAAUUACGUUCGUCGUACGGUUAACGACAGCUAACCUCUCAGCGCACGCUAUCGUUGUCGGAAAGUUAUCGCUUAAAGAGAAUGUCCGGGAUAGUUCAGUACGUGGUGGUGCGGGGAGAUCUUAUGAGGACGAUGGGGUGGCCGUUGGGCGCCGUGGUCGCCCAAGCGUGUCACGCGUGCACCGCCGUUGUCCAUCUCUUUUACAACGACGCCCACACGCAGGCCUACCUCGCCGAUUUAGACAACAUGCACAAGGUGGUCCUCGAGGCCGCCGAUGAAGCCGAUCUGCGGAAGCUGUGCGCGAAAUUGACGGAGGACGACAUUCAGCACAAACUGUGGAUAGAACAGCCCGAGAACGUCGCGACGUGCCUGGUGACGAAGCCCUACCCCAAGGACAAGGUGCAGCCGUACCUCAAGAAGUAUAAAUUACUCAAAAUGUGACGGGUAUAAAUGGUAAUAAACACCCGCAUUACGCGAUGAAGAACGGAAUAUCUCGAGUUACUUUCCACGUUAUACGCUUGAAUCCAAAUUAAUCCUCCCGCCGCAUCUGGGAGAAAAUCCAGCCCGUCUGUGGGGAAAAAGAUCUCCGGAAAAAUUUUGCACGGCCGUGAUCGAACGCGAUAACCGAAAGAUCCGACAGGCUCUGAGAGGGCUCUACAGAUGAGAUACGACUCUCCGGCGCUCGCACGAGAUAAAUACCAACCUCGGAACGGGAAUGCCAUUUAUAUUUUACUCUAUUCGUGCG